AUGUCAUUUCUCUUCAAAUAUUCUGCAGUUCUGCAGACCAUCAAGCAGGAGCUGGCAGAGAAGAAGAGAAUUGAGGCCUUAUUCAGGUCUCAAAUAUGCUUCAUGAUUCAGAAUAUUGAGAAGACAGCUCUACUCUCUGAGCAUGUCAAUCUACUUAUCACUGAGAUGGAACCCGAGGCAGCAGAUCAGAAAAUGCGGGAUUUUGAGAUGCAGGUUAAUCUGGCUGAGAGAGAGCAGCAGAAACCCUUCUCUGAGAAGACAGUAAAGAGAGAUUUUGAGAUGAUUAUUAUCUCAGAUGAGAAGAAGAAGAAGAAGAAGAAAGAUAAGAAGUAA